AUGUCUCAAAUCGCGCCAACUGCCGUCCAAUUUUUGCAACUGGACGAGCUUAGACUUUUUUAUAAACCACAAGAUGAUGACAACUUUUAUCACGUAACUUGUAAAUUGAUUUUACAAGAUUUUAUCUCUUUGGAUGAUAAUUACGAACAUGGGUUCUUUUAUCAAUGCGCAGAAGCAAAUUAUUACGUUACAUGCAAACUUUUCUCAAAUUCUUUGAUUAUAGAUAUUUUGAACAAGGAGAUAUAUGGAAUGGAUAUCGAUAUUAACUUAUAUGGUAAAGGAUUAAUGACUUUACAUCAAAAAUUUAAUCUCGAACAAAGCUUGAAGCAGAUUCUCCCCUUUUACCUAUUGCAACAAUUGCAGCAUCCAAUUAUUCCUGAUGAAAAUGGGUUGUCGCAUAAUAUUUCUUACCAAGAUGAAAAUGGUAAUAAGGAUGAUCAUCAACAAAAUGACAUUAUUAACGCGGGAAAAUAA